AUGCUCCGGGCGCCUGCCCUGCUGUGCGUGUACAGCGCCUGGUGCGCGCAGGCUCUGGCAGCGGCGGCGGGCCGGCCGGCGGGCGGCAAUUUUCUGUAUGACAAAGAAUGGCUCAGCACGGUGUCCCACUACGACCGGGAGGCCGGACAGUGGAACCGAUUCCGAGACGAUGAUUAUUUCCGCACGUGGAGUCCAGGAAAGGCCUUCGAUGGGGCUCUAGACCCAACUAAAGACCCGUGCUUAAGGCUGAAAUGUAGUCGCCACGAAGUGUGCAUUAUUCAAGGUUCUCAGACCGCAGUCUGCGUUAGUCAGCGGAGGCUCACGCACAGUAUGAAAGAUGCAGGAGUUGGGCAUAAGCAGUGGAGGGGUCCCCCGACAUCCACCUGCCAGCAGUGCCCGGGGAUCUCUACCAGCCCCAUAUGUGGUUCAGAUGGACAUACCUACUCUUCUCAGUGCAAACUAGAAUACCAGGCAUGCAUCUUAGGAAAACAGAUCUCAGUCAAGUGUGAAGGACGUUGCCCGUGUCCUUCAGAUACGACCAUGGGCUCAAGCAGGAAUAUGAAGAGAGGAUUUGAUACCAGUAUUUUGCCAAUUUGAAAGGAUUCACUCGGCUUGAUGUUUAACAGACUUGAUACAAACUACGACCUGCUCCUGGACCAGUCGGAGCUUGGGAGCAUUUACCUGGACAAGAAUGAGCGGUGCGCGGAGGCCUUCUUCAGCUCCUGUGACACGUACAAGGACAGCUCUAUCUCCAACAACGAGUGGUGCUACUGCUUCCAGAGGCAACAAGACCCACCUUGCCAGACGGAGCUCGGCAGUAUUCAGAAGUGGCUCGGGGUGAAGAAGCUCCUCGGACAGUACGUCCCCCAGUGUGACGCAGAUGGUUACUACAAGCCAACGCAGUGCCACGGCAGCACUGGGCAGUGCUGGUUUGUGGACCGAUAUGGAAAGGAAGUUGUGGGGUCCAGGAAGCGCGGUGCUGCAGACUGUGCUAUUGAUUUUGAGAUCUCUGGAGAUUUUGCAAGUGGAGAUUUCCGUGAAUGGGCUGCUGAUGACGAUGAAGAUGACAUUAUGAACAAUGAAGAUGAAAUUGAAGAUGAUGAUGAGGAUGAAGGGGAUGAUGAUGAUGGUGGUGACCAGGAUGGAUACAUCUGA